CAAGCCAGGAAAAAAAAUCGGCCGCGUCGCGUGAGGAGAAGGGAAGCGAGGCGAAAAAGGUCGCGUUCGAAGCGGAGCGGAAGCAGAGGAGAUGGCGGGGAAGGGAGGCAAGGGCUUGCUCGCGGCCAAGACGACGGCGGCCAAGACCGCGGAGAAGGACAAGGGGAAGAAGGCCCCCAUCUCCCGCUCCUCCCGCGCCGGCCUGCAGUUCCCUGUUGGCCGUAUCCAUCGUCAGCUGAAGCAAAGGACUCAGGCGAAUGGCCGUGUUGGUGCUACUGCGGCUGUCUACUCUGCUGCUAUCCUGGAGUACCUGACUGCUGAGGUUCUUGAGCUGGCCGGCAACGCCAGCAAGGAUCUGAAGGUGAAGCGUAUCACCCCUCGCCAUCUUCAGCUGGCCAUCCGUGGAGAUGAAGAGCUCGACACCCUCAUCAAGGGUACCAUCGCUGGUGGAGGUGUCAUCCCGCACAUCCACAAGUCCCUCAUCAACAAGUCUUCCAAGGAGUGAAGAGAAUAGCAAAGGAGUAUCUUAGCUUAAAUCGAGGCAUUUCCACACUCCGUGUGGGAUCAGUUUAUCUUCAUAUCGUUUAGCUUAUUAGCUAUGCUUCCAGAUCGAAGUAAUCCGUCUGUGUAAUGCUUCCCUGGUACUGCUUCCGUUAUUUGGACCAUUGGAUUUGUGUUUGUUCGUUGACUUUGUGAUAGACCCUGAAUGCAAAACUUCUUAAAAUGCUUUGAGUAA